AUGUUCGCCAUUUUCCCUAUUUAAUCUUUGGUAAUGGCUUUUGCUAGUGCUAUUGGAACUAAAACUAUUCUAUAUUUGCACCCCUAAAUUUGUCUUGGUGGACUUGGCCUAGGAAUGAUAGUAAUUAUAUAAGCAAAUAUUUCAUUACCUUUAUAGUUUAUGAUACCUUUGUAUGUUGGUUGGAAAUGCUUCCCUCACAGAAAAGGCUUAGUCUGCAGUCUUAUAUUCCUAUCAAAUGGAUUGGGAACAAUCUUAGGCAAUAUUUAAUCUUCUUAAAGAAUAAACCCUGAUGGGAGAGAUCCGAUGUAUUAAAAUGACGUCAAAUCUAUAUAUAAGUACUUUGAUGAUGAGGUCAGCAUUAGAGUUCCUCCCUAUUUCACUUUAAUGGGAUUCUAAAUACUAGUAAUCUCCAUUGUAGCAAUACUCCUUAUUUGGCUACCUUAAGAAAAUCAUGCAAUAUAGAGAAGCCUUACUCUAUAGAGGAAAUAAAAAUUACUAAAUCAAGGAUUUGCGAAAUUAGUGAGUUGCCCACAAUUUUAUUAAAGUUACAUUCUCUUCUUUUUUGCAAUAAUGUUCUCCUAAUACAUCUUUAUCCAGUUCAAAGCAUUUGGCGAAUAAUUAGGACAUUCAGAUGUAUUCCUGACAUAUGCUGGUUCAGUAGCACUCUUUUUUAACGCACUAUCAAGGUUACUUGGAGGAAUGAUAUUAGAGAGAGUAUCUUUUAAGGAUUUCUUCAGCAUUCUGAUGGGUGCAUCCGUUAUUUUAUCAGCAACUAUACCUUAUGUUGGGCAGAAUGAAUUAGUUUUUACAUUCUAUCUAUGCAUUAUAAACUUCAUUUACGGUUCUAUAUUUGUUUCACUUCCUACUUUCUUUGCUUUUGUAUUUGGACCAGAGAAUGGAUCAUAUUUGUACUCAUAUUGCUUCACAGCUAAUUGCUUAUCUACUUUAACGCUUUCUUUAAUAAUAUUUGAAGCUUAGUAGUACAUAGGAUAUCCAGGUAUGAUGCUGAUUACUACUGUGUCAUCGUUAAUCGCUUUGUUUACUGUCAUUUUCAUGAAGUGUGAUCCCUUAGAAGAUGCUGAAGAUAUUUCUGAUUUUGGCAGAAGUAGAGUUUCGAUCUAUGAUAAAGGUCGAGUUGACUUUACUGUGAAUGACUGUUUCCCCGAAUUUUCCUACGUUUCAUUAAAUGCAGACAAGAUUCUUAAUAGAAGACAAGAAUAAAUAAAUAAAACUUAUGGAGAGAAUUAUACAAUGCUACUUUUGGGAAAUUAAAGUUUAACAUCAUAGCUCUUGGUUAACAAAAAUUCAACUAAAAUCAUUCAGUGA